UUUUUUACCGAAAGUAUAAGUGUAAGGCCAAAUUUCGUCAAAUCCUAAGAAGCGUAGCUUCCAAAAAUCUUCAAAGAAAAUUGACCGCAGCUUCGACAUUCUUUCACAUAAUUCUCUCUCGAUUUUUUACCGAAAAUCCUUCACAAGAACAGCUCUCUUCAUCUCUACUAGUUGUAAGUAUUGCAAUGAAGAUUUCUGCUAAAAAUCUAACCGCUUCCCCGAUCCGGAAGAUGGUUUAUUCUCAGUCUGCGGUGCCGCUGCUUAGCGUAGUCGCAGCACUUAUGGAUGUGUCAGAGUUGAAAUCGACAAAGUUGAGAUGAUUUGCCAUGCAUAAAAUGCGACACAAAGACUGACUCUAUUGCUGAAGGCGCAAGGGAGGCAGAUUCUAGUGCUGGUAAGGGUCAAGAAUUGGGCUGCUGACUAGCAUGACAGGGAGCAGCAGUCUUGCCCUAAACAGCAUGACAGACUUGCUUCAGAGGCCAGGAAAAUUUGUCAUGCGCCGAUUGGAAACUGUGGGUCCAACUCACUGGUAUAGAUUUUAUGCAUCACAAAUUAUUUCAACUUUGUUAAUUUCAAUCCUGACAGUUCCAUAGCACUCGCUGCCAGCUGCCCGUGGUCUGCAGGAGCUGUAAAGUCUGAGCCCGAAAUUGCCGUUCUAUUGCGUAGUUAUCGUGAUGCAGAAGUACAGCAGCAGCGUCAAGCAGCCGUGCGCACGACGAGGUCGCAAGAAAUUAAAAUAGACGCUCAGGCAGGCUGGGCUGUUGAUAACGGUAUCCGGUUUGCAAGGGAGAAUGUGUGCGGUACCGAGCGAGAUCUUUUGGAAUUUCUUACCAGCGGUGACGCGGCCACAGUAGAUGUUGACCAACGUACGACUCAAGAGCUACAACAGGAGCUGCUCAUGCGACGUCUGGUGGCUGUUCAUAUCACUUCCAAGCGGCGUGUGGGAAAUAAGCUGGAUCGCCACCCCCGGCUUUCACGGCAGGACCCGGACUUUGUGCCUUUUUCGUCUCGCAGCCCGGAGGAGCAGUUUCUAACCCGAAAGGAGAUUUUGACCUUCUUUCGGCGCGCGUACGAGAACCGAGAGCUUUACUGCAAUCAACUUCACCGCGAAGAUAUGAAGAAUUAUGCGGAACAGCAGGGACCACGACAUCAAAUCUUGCUCUCUUACUCUCGCGAAUUUUUGAAAAAACUGAGCCAACAUCAUACCCUGUCGCCUUCUAUUUUGCUGGAACAAUACGGAACCACCGUUGCGGAUCACCUCUGCGGCUCUCUUCGUAGCGUGAAGGAAGUCUUCCGGCAAGGAGACGCAAACGGGCAGUUUCGCUCGGAUUCAUUCAUCAUGAACGGGCAGCUGCGGGUGUCGCCCGCCCAUCGGCAGCUGGAGGCCUGGAGGCGGAGCUUCGCAGCUCCAGCGUGCGGUGGUGCUUCCGUUCCUUCAAGUAGCGGAGCGAGGGAUAUUAAAGAAGGUCAAGAACCAGUGGCACAGCCGGAGUUCCUCCCGGGUGGUAUGCAGCAUCUGGCGGCGGGGGUGCUGCUGUCAGUAGAACUAGAAGAUGAAAAUCGAUAUAAUAUCGCCGACCUGUUGUGGCGCCGAAUCGAGGCGGAAUUUAGCGAAGACGUUUCAACAAAAACCCCCCGGGCAGCUCUGCGAAGCCAAACGCAGGUCCAGGCUGGACAAGAAGUCGAAGAUCGUGAUCCGUUGGUGACGGGCCGCGGCGGGGGCGCUCGUGGUUCGACAUCCCCUCGUGUUAAUAAAAAUCCAACUCCUGCUACCGAAUCUCCUCUGGCGGCGGACCGGGGGAAAAAGGAAGUUCUUGAGCUUGACGGACGCCGGGAGGAAAGUGCCUCUCAGACGAACCACGCAAGGUAUACAACCCCACCACCGACGAAAAGAUAUUUCGAUGAUCAUUCGCCAUUGCCGGCGUUGUUUGGAGACACGCCAGACGGUUUUAACAGUCCACUUCUACAUAAUCCUAAUCGAGUUCGCGAGCUGGUCCGCGACACUGAACGAACGCCGCCAUUCGGACAAGACCAAGGUCCACAAUUCACGCCAUUUCAUACACACACACAAGGUCUGGAACCGCUCCAGCGGCGAGGGCCCUACGGGGGAGGACAUCAACGGACCCACAGCCGGCCGAGCAGAGUACUGCGGAACGGCGAGUUGGUGGAGAAAACGCCGGGGUCGGAAAGUAAUUACCUUGUUGGCCGCUAUGAUACCGGAACAGCCUCUGUGUCUGUGCCACAUUUUCCGGCGCAUUUGACUGAAGCAGGAGCGACUGCUAGUACGGCCAUUCCAGCGCCCAAUUGUGCAGUGCCAACGGCUCGUCCUGGCUGUACUCUGGUUCACGGGGGGUCGGUUCCGCCUAUAUAUCCCCCGGGUCGUGUCUUCUUACCGCAUCAGCCUGGCAGGAUCAAUAAAGGUUCAGAAGGUCCAAAUUCUGGCGUCACAAGCGCUUCGACCACAAUAGAUUUCUCGAGGACCCCCGUGGAGUCUGGCAGCAAUUCGGCAGCCCGGCGCACCAGCCUCGGUCGAAGCGAGUCUUCCACGGACCGGAACGAUACGAGUGUUGUGAGGGUCGUGAGGCUGAGUGACUACUUAGAUUUAGAAGGUCCUGACAAAAACACGAUUGCACGUAGGCGCUCUUCCGAUUCUUCUGGCCUUUUUGGCGCGCCUGCCCGGCACCAGGAGCAGCAGCAGGACUUCUUUAUUUCCGACUCAACACCUCCUUGCAACGGUACAGGUGCUGCCGAGCAGCACCAACAAGAAGAGCAGCGGGCCUUUCUGGAAAGAAGAAAACAAACGAUGGCGUAUCUCUCCGGGGUAUGCAAUGCAAAUAUGUCUGGGUCUGGAAACUUCUAGUACUUUCCUCGCUGUUGAUACCUGGAUUGCAGCACAGUGGCCGCCUGUACGGCAUGACUGCAUCCGCAUCUUCAAAAGUUGCUCUGCGAGGCUUAUUGCAGAUUCAUUCGUAAAACGCAUCACAAACUGGCUUCAUGUUCAUCCAGCACGGCAAAAUAAAAAUAUGUGCUGGAGGCCAACUAUCGUAGUCGAGUCGUACUUACGCAUUAAUACAGAUCUUGGUGUCUUCCAGAUGAUCCGAUAAAUCCAGACCCAAAGAACAUAUUUCCAAUGCAUAAAGGGACCGUAACUACAAUGGAUGGACGCCGGGAGGAUAUCCUUCGCGGGAGUUCUUCGCCCAGGGGCGCAACAAUAUUAGUGCAAAACCGAAACCGGGAAUACAGAAAGACGAAACGCAGUGUCGUGACGCUACGAUGGCGCAGCAGGAGCAGGGAGCAGCAGCAGCAGCAGCACGGGAGCAGAGCCAAAGCAGCUCAAGCUUUAUCCAUCGCCCGGCUCAAGAUCCAGAAGCCCAAGGAACAGGUACAGGGUGCAUCAGCAGUGGGGGAGCUGCGAGCAGCAGUGGCGAUCAAAAUCAACUACAUGGCGUGCGCCUAAGAACCACCCCACCUACUCCGCGAGGAAGGUCGGCAAGCAGAAAUUCGCCUUGCAGAACAAGCUCCUCUUCUCGACGAUCUCGCUCUUCGAGUAGGAAAUCCAGAGGAAGAAAAAACUCUGCUUCGCGUAGCAGAACUUCUUCCAGAAGUGUAGUCGGGGAUGCAGAUGGACGAGAUCAACAUACUGAAGAACAAGCUCUGGUUGCUGUUGCACGGGCAGCGCAACAGGAACUUUUUCGAGCUGUUCGUGGUCAGGGCCAAGUAUUAGUAGUACUAGAUGACCUACCCGAUCUGCUGGAAGUACCACUAGAUGAGUUAACCGCUGCACCGGGGCCUCCAGUUCCCUCACACGACGUCCGCAACACGACGUCCGCAACUGCGGGCUCAAUGCUUGAAGAAGUAGAAGUAGAUGCUGCCGCACAAGAAGCCGAGCAUCAGCGGACCACGCAAGAGAUGCAUAGUGAUUUUCUUACGGUUUCCCCCGUUGAUGCUUCACGACCGAGCUCGUCCCACGUCCCACAUGCAGAGCCCUGUGUGGCUGGGCACUGCCCCGGAGGUGCAGAACACGAAGGCCGACAGUCAGUCGCAACUCGGGUGACGAAUGUUGUCAAGGAGCUUCAGGACAUCUCAUGUCCCCAGCAAUAAUUGCAGGGGGGUUAUUUCGUUUCGAGGACAGCGAGGGGACGCAAAUUAUAGGCAGACAGCCGCCGCUGCAACUCUUUACAGACGAUGAUGACAGGAUUUCUUUCAAGGAAUGCGAAUUUCGUUCCGACCGUUGAAGAAAAGCUAUAGAUACUUACAACGAAACAAGUACAACAACGAAGUUGUAACAAUCCAGGAUAUAAUAAUUUUAGAAAGUUGAGAUGAAGCUGACUGUACACCAUCGUGAUCCACUUACUUACUAAAAACUGGGCCAUACCAUUUCCAUUUGGAUCUCCUUCACGUAUAUUUCAAAUGCGGUGCGCCGCCACGGUAUCGCGGUAAGCGUAAGCGUAAGUACUAUUUCAUACAUUGACUAUGGGCCAGUUGUGACAGUAGCAGUGAAGGUAGAUCGAAAGAUGAGCAUAGCGUCACGAUUUCUCCAGGAGCCCUCACAACAUACUUACAAAAAACACAUUACAUCUGUUGCUCGCGCGGCGGCACCAUCGUCCCAUGACCGAACUGAUAUUGAAGCUCUUGAACAGCUUUCAUUCAAUCUUUUUCUACUAUACCUUUUCCGAGAUGGACUACAGCACAUUUUUUCUCACUACUACUUCCCACUUCCACUUCCUCAUGUACUUAAUCCUAUUUUUACAACAUCUUUUUUUUUCCCCUAUUCACAUAGGAAAUGUGGAUUUUGGCAAGCGGGAGC